AUGCCGCCAAAGAGAAAACGCGCCGAGGAGAGCGCGUCAGAGACCUCUGCUCGCGUUACUCGUUCGUCUGCGCGCACGAAGGGCAAAGGGUCUGCCGAAUCAGCAGAAGUUGCAGAGGAGGCACCCCCACCAAAGAAGACGAGGAAGGCCCCUACGAAGACCACCGCUGCGAGAGGUAAAGGCAAGAGCAGAGCACAGCGCGCUGGUUCCGAGACGCGGAUGGACGAGAGCGGAAUGGCGCGGGGACCGGAUCCGGAUCUGGUCUUGGACGGAACCACCGAGGACGCUGCUCGGGCGCACCACCACUGCAGGACCGACACCGACACCCGCGCCCAAGGAGUCGUACGCAGUGCCAUCUGGCUGGCGAGGGCGUACGGGAUCACCGACACCACGCACGAAGAUGUGUCGUCCGCGGCGACGUCGCAGACGAGGUCCACGAAGGUGGCCGCGCGGCCUGGAAGUGCCAAGACGAGCGCGGAGCCGUACAGCGCUGCUCGCGCGGCGUCGGUGUUCAGCGCGUAUGCCGACCCAGACGACGAGGCGGUGAUUGACCCUGCGGGGUUCGAGAGGCUGUGCGGGGACAUGGAUGUCUCGCUGGAGGGUGCGCUACCACUCGUGCUGGCAUGGCAAGUGGGCGCAGGGGAGAUGGCGAAGAUCAGCAGGAGCGAGUGGGAGCGGUGCACGGCGGAACUUCAGAUCUCCGACUUGCAUACGCUGUCCGUUGCGCUGCGCGACCUCGAGGACAUGGUGCUGCUGGAUAAGCCUCCAUUUAAACCGCGGCACAGCGCACAGCCAGCGAAAAAGACGUCGAAUCCGCCGUCGCAAGACAGCUACGACCGUACGCGGUACUAUCGGUAUGCCGCGGAUACGCAGAAGGCGUUCAACGAUUUGUACACGUUCUGCUUUAGCCUUGCGAAGCCUCCUCAAACGCGGAACAUCGAUAUGGAGACAGCAGCCGCUUUCUGGACCGUCCUCCUAGUCCCGCGGUAUGAUAUCAUGUCGGAUCUGCUGGAAUUCAUCAACGAGAAAAGCACGUACAAGGGCGUAAACAAGGACCUUUGGAUAAUGACACUGGAAUUCUGCCGAUCCGUCAAGCCGGACCUGUCAGACUAUGAGUCAGAAGGCGCCUGGCCGACGCUGUUGGAUGAUUUUGUUGCGUGGAAAAUUAGCAGGACGGCUGCGGGCGAGGCGGGGCAGGAGGGCGACGCUGACGGCUCAUGA